AUGUCUCUGGUGACAGACGAGAUCAGGGCCAAGGCCACGGAGGUCUACAACGGCGACGAGAUCUGCCAGGCCAAAUCCAAGGAGCUCCUGGCCGAGAUCGAGCUCCCCAACGGGUUGCUGCCACUUCACGACAUCGAGGAGUGUGGGAUCGACAGAGAGACAGGGUUCGUCUGGCUGAAGCAGAAACAGAGCAUCACCCACGAGUUCAAAGAAAUCGGGAGGCUUGUCACCUAUGGGCCGGAGGUGACCGCCGUGGUGGAAAAGGGGAAGAUCAAGAAGCUGACAGGUGUCAAGACCAGGGAGCUCCUGAUUUGGGUCUCUCUGUGCGAUAUCUACACCGACGAGCCGCCGACUGGGAUUCUUCAUUUCAAGUCCCCAACUGGGCUCUACAGGACUUUCCCUGCUUCUGUGUUCGUGGUUGAGGUGAAGGACGAAACUGCUGCUGCUGCCAAAGAAGCCGCGGCGAAGGAGGAAACUACUGCUGCUGCUGCUCCAGCGGAAGCUGUUGAAGUGAAGGAGGCUUAA